AAUCGCUGUUCCCGUUACCAUGCCUCCGUCUGAGGUGGUUUUGUUUCAGUCUCGGUGUUUGUUUUCUCCUUCGCUCGUUGCGGGUGUGUUCUUUCACUUGGUGGCUAACCUCACCGGCUGGUCUUGUGGCUGCGAAGCUGCGGCAAUAAUUGUUGUGGCGGGUCUGAUGUGGCUCGGAAUUACUCUGCGCAUUUGCUGUAGCGAAGCUGGUUUUCCAUCACUCGUGGUUCUACUCCGCAGCUCGGGUUGUCCUUGGCUGCCGCUGACUGACCCUUUUUGCUCUCGGAAAAGCUGUAAGCCCGUAUCGCCAGAGGAAUUGAGGGCUUAUCUCGGGUGCGGUGUUCUCGCGGCAAAACCGUUGACUUUUGGAGUCAUCUUCCUCCAACGAUAUGCCUCUCUAAACAAGCACAUCGCCACAUCCGCCGUGAUUGUCUUCCCUCUCCGCGCUAAAACACGACGACGUGUACCCGAAAAGGCCAGUAAGACGAGGACAGUUAUCCACGCAACCAUGGUGGCUCGUGCCGCGGCCACCAGUAUAAGAAGAGACAAGGCUGCAGCGAGAAAGAAGGCGGUGAACAGAAGGAGUUGAUAGAGCGGAUUAGUGACGGAUUUCGCGGUGGAGAUUGUGUAGAAUGAAGAAACAAAGAAGAUGAGACAUGAGAGAGUAACGGUGGUUGUUGCUCUACUUUUGCAAAGAUCCAUAGCUUUGUGAAUAUGAAGUCAAAAGUAGUUGUUUAAAAUUUUGAAGUUAACAACAAUGCUUAAAUGGAAUUUAAUAGGAGAUUAAAUUUAAUUGAGUGGU